AUGAAUGAAGAUUUUCCAUCAAUAAAACGACAAAGAACUUUAAAUAAAUGGAACAAUGAACUCUUACCGAAAACGGACUUGGAGGAUGAAACGAUUUAUGAAAAUUUAGAGGAUGGAUUUGAGCUUUAUGAUCCUUUUGACCAAGUACAAGUUCCCCGUAGUCGGGUCUCACAACCUAUUAAAGCGAAGAUAGAAAAGAAAGAACCCGAAAAUUUUGAUGAAGAUGAGGAAUUAAGGUUGUGUUUAAGUUCUGGUUUAUACUAUCCAAAGUCUCGUCCAUAUUUGAGCAAAAAGGCAAGAGAGCAUAUUGAUCUUUUAUAUAAUACGCCGAAAAAUUUUUUAGAGUCUACAAUCCUUCAUGUUGAUUUCACCCCUCAAGAAUGUCAAAUCCUUCAGAAGGCCAAAAGGAAAUAUGGGCCUGUUAACACUGUUCGGUUCCAUGAUGCUUUUCCAAUUUAUAUUUCUCCAAAAAUACCUGGAAGAACCUACAAAGAUUGUCAGAAAUUUGAGGCCGAUUAUCCAAGCCUGAUCCCUGUUGCAGAUUAUGGAGCCUUGCAGUUGAAGAAACAAGAACGAGCUUGUUAUCUUCCGAAAUAUUUUGAAAAAUUGUUCGAUGCGAAAGUAUCACACUUCCAUCGGGGAAAUUGUAUCAACCUCAUGCAGAGUGAGACCAUUCUGUUUAUGACACCUUGGAAGUACUUUAACGAAACAAGUGGUGAUACAGUGUGCGUUGAUUUUAAUCCUUUAUUUGGAAAGUUUGCUUUUGGAAGUACAGCUCAGGACGGUGCGUACAAUAGAGUUGGCAAUUUAUGGCUGGGUGAUCUUCAGGUGGAUACCGUUCAAGCCUUAGCGGGUCAUUACAAAACUAAUGAGUAUGGAGAGAAUGAGUUUUCAACCAUCUCUGAUCUUUGCUUUUCUCAGAAUGGACAAUUUUUAUAUACUGGUGCUUUUGAUAAUACUGUGAAGGUUUGGGACAUGGCGGGAACCCUCUGUGGAAUUUCUAAUGAACCCAAUGAUCGAAUUCAUAAGCUCUCUUUAUCUAAAGAUGAUGUGCUUGCUGUGGCAUGCAAAAACGGUCUUGGUUAUAUGCUUCCAAUAGACAAAAACUCGGGCAGUAUACUUUCUUCUCAAAAACUAAUAUAUCCUAACGCACUGAAGAAAAAAUUUUCCGCAUCGUUGAUUGAAUACUCUUCUUCUUCUUCAGAUAAUGAUUCCUCUUCUCGUGUCGUUGUAGGAUACGACAGUUUUCAUUUAUCUGACUCGCGUGGAUGUCUUGCCUUAUUUGACUCUACUAAUGGUAACUUCAUCCAAAGGUUUAAUACGGCUGAUGAAGCAUUUACUUCCCUUUAUAUGCAUCCGUCAAACAUUGGAUUUGUAGCCAGUAGUAAUAACUCUCACAAAGGAAAAGUUUAUUACAUUGAUACAAGGAUUUACCAACCUGCCAUUGUGUUUAAUACCUUACAAAGAGAUAUUAAUCAUGCUACAAUUAGCAAUUCUGGGUUCCUUGUUUCAUCUAGCGGAACUGACAAUCAAACUUUUGUUUGGGAUUCUCGCAAACCCAAUAAGGUCUUGAAUGUUUUGAAACAUGGGCAAACAAAAAUGAUUCAUUUUGAUGAUGCAAAUCAGGAAGAAGUAGAUGCAGGUGUUACUAUGGCCCAGUGGGUUCCGAAUGGAAGCCUAUUUGUUACUGGCGGCAGUGACGGCAUUGUAAAAGUUUGGGAUCUUCGAUUAAAUGAGCCAUUCAUACGAAACUUUGCUGAGCUGGACUUUGCGAUCACUCACGGAGUCUUUAGUCCGGAUACAACCAAACUUUCAGUCUGCUGUAACGGAGGCGAUGUAUAUAUGUAUAAUAUAGGAAACGAUAAUCAUAACGAAUUUGGGGGGUUUACAUUUAAAGAGCACAACAUUAUUUGA